CCCAAAGUCUUCAUACCAAAACCAACCAAUACCAAUCAAAAAACCAAAAUUCCAUAACCAGCCAACCAAAACUCACCGGGUCCCCACCCUCACGGGUCGGGCCGACCAAUCCAUGCCACCCCCACAACCGCUUUACAAACACAAGUCAUGGUCGCCAGACAUACUCCGAGACGAAGAAUGGCUCAAAAAGAAAAACAAACAACAACGUCGACGUAACAAAAGUGUCACCGAUGAAGAUAUCGAUGAAUUAAAAGCGUGUGUUGAGUUGGGUUUUGGAUUUGAUGAAUCUAAUUCCAAGACUUUGCCAGCUUUAAAUUUGUAUUAUGCUGUUAAUUAUUAUAAACAAUAUCAUAAUGAUACUAUUUCUAAAUCGUCUUCCAUGUCAUCAUUCACGUCAUCAUCUUCUGAUUUAUCUUCGCCGCUUCACAACCCUCAUGCCGUAUUUGGUCCAGGGGUUAAACCAGAGACCAUGAAGACAAGAUUGAGACAAUGGGCACAAGUUGUUGGGGUUUCUUUGCGACAAUCUUCAUCAUCGCCGUUAUCAUUUCCAUGAAAAGUAGAUCGAAAGCAUGACAAAAGGAAAUUAAAAAUAUUAGCAAUCUUUAAUCACCAUCCUGUAAAAACCAUCAUGUUGUUAAUUAAAGGCCUUUUUGAGAGGAAAUUUACUUUUUAUGAUUGUAAACUGACCUCUUUUUAUGUAUAAUUUGAUAGUUCCUUUUCA